GUAUCCCCUGUGUCAGUGGGAAGCCAUUCCCCCUUGUCCUUUCCCUCCAGGCCCUUGCCCAAAGUCCUUCUCCAGCUCUCUUUGAAGCCUUUUAGGCACUGGAAUAAAAUUAUUCCAGAAUAAAAGAGUAGGUUUUUCUUCCAGGAAGACACAGAAGCUAGUGAGUUCCCUCUGAGAUCCUGGAUGUUGUGUGUACAUGUGAUAACAGCACAAGAGCCAAAGUGGCCAAACUGCCUGAGAUCAGCCCUUUAAUUACAGUUGAUGUGUGCUAAUUUGCAAGCAGGCAGAAAGGCAAAUUCCUACUGUUCCUUAGGCAGAUCUAAAGGGAGGAACUGAUGGAUAGACCGUUUGACUUUUAAACAAGGUGCAGAAGCACAAGGUGCUUACCUGCAUGAAAGCCUUACUGUAAAUAAGUCGAGUGCACUUGACAAGCCAGCAAAAUACUUUGGGACAUUAUCCUGACAGCCUUUUGUUCUUAAAUUUGCUCUAGUUCUUCGUGUAAUUAAUGUGCUGAGUGCUGUCAGGGUGCUUGGGGCACUCUACUGGGAUGUCAGUGCUGGUUUUCUUCCUGCUGCAUUUGCAAGUGGUUCAGCUCAGCCAUCCAUCCACUUGGUGUGGCAUUUUAUACCCAGUAAUUUCCCCCCUGAACAACUUGAGGAGGUGUCUGGAUUUCUGCUGCCUUUCCCUCCCGAGCUAAGAGCCAAAUGUUUUACAGAGAUGAUUUGCUGACCCGCCAGAGACCUCUUAAUUCCGUGACGCCCCAUUUGGAGUGACUUUUGGAGCUGUUGUGGUGAAUGGCUGUGUAGUUUGUACCCAUAUCUCUAUGCCUAGGGGAAAGCAGAGGUUAAUUCUGCUGUUUUUGUGGUUUUGUGGCUCAGCUGUGGAUGUGCUGGGAUGGAGGUGCUUUGGCCUCCAGGCUGGAGCAAGACAGUAGCAAAGGCUGAUGCUGAGUGAGAAAUGUCGUGUUUGCUGAAGUGUUUCGAGAUUGAAUUGAACGAUCUUGUUCCUUGUGUGAAGAGAUAAGACCUUGUAGGACACAUAGUCAAUCCUUGGGGUAAUUCAGGGCAAUUCCCUGUGAAACAGUGAGUUGUGGAGCUCCUGUGGCUCAGUAAGUAGGACAUGGAGCAGGGCAGGCACAGGUUUCCAGAGUUUCUGGUUUUAAUUUUCAACUUGUUGGACCUUAAAUUCACCUUGCUCCUGGAACAUUGCCUGUAAGUUCUGUCCAGGGACUCUAGCAGCUGAUUUUAUUGGGGUUGGGGGUAGAAGAGGAGCCUGCCUGGAACCAGAGGCAAACAGAUUUAAUAUAAAUGAAGUGAUUUUUUUGUUGUUUUUAUUACUGGUUCUUCACACAGCAGCAAUGUGUCCAGACUAAGUGGCAAACCUGCCCUUUUAAAAACAAAAAUACUGAAUGUUCUCAUUACUUCGCUGCCUUUGUGAGCCGUAAAUGGGUGUUAGCUGAGCUGUUGGCUGGACAAAGCUGCUCCCAAGCGCCCUGGGGCUGGUGCUGAGCUUCGAACACUUGAAUUUUGUCACUGCUAAUGUCACCACUUUUAUCUGUUUGGUUCCCAUUUGCCCUGGAAAGGAGCCUGGCUCUGGUUGCUGAAGGUGUCUUUUGUCUCCUGAAACAGAACCCAGAGGUCUGGGGGUGGCUUUAUUCCAGGCUGGACCCAUCCAGCUGUGAUGGGACCCAGUGAUAACUGUGACUUGCUGGGGGAGAACAUUGUUCUUCAACCCAGCCUGGGUUUGCCUUUGGUUUGUUAAGCAGAGAUUUUAAGAUUUCCAAAGGGUUUACUGUCUGGGUUGUCAUGAAAAAUACCAGUUGCUAAAAUUUCCCCUCACAGAUCUGCUCAGCCUGUGGGGUGCUCAGGCUCUGCGGGUUCUCAGCUGAGCCUUGCAGGUUUAGGCUCAGUAGCGGGUCCUGUUGCCUCUCAGAGCCUGUCUUAAAGCCGUGUAAGAUAAAGUUUUGUGCCCUGGUGUAACCCACAGGCACGAUUUCCUUAUCGUGGAAUCAUUUCGGUUGGAAAAGCCCUCGGCGUCCGAGGGUCUGUCCCGUGAGGGGCCGCGGCCGCCAGGGGGCGCUCGGGCCCGGCCCGAAGGCGGGUCGGUGACAAAGGGAGCCGGGACGGGACCCGGGAAUGGGAUCGUUCUGGCCGGGAUUAGAUGGGAUAUUGGGGAAAAUCCCUUCCUGUGAGACCCUGGCACAGACUGCCCAGAGAGACUGUGGCUGCCCUGUCCCUGGGAGUGUCCAAGGCCAGGUUGGACGGGGCUUGGAGCAACCUGGGCUAGUGGAAGGUGUCCCUGCCCAUGUCCCUUUAAGGUCUCUUCUAACCCAAAUAAUUCUGAGAUUCUGUGAAAUGCAUUUCAGUAGGAUAUUUCCCUGCAAGAGCAGGGCCCUGGGGUGCUCCCUCUUUUGUGGGGAAAGAAACAAACCAUGAAGGUGCAGCCAAGCAGUGGCCGUGCACAUCGGGGAGCCGAGGGAAUGGCUGGAGCUGUGUCAGGGCAGGCUCAGGUUGGAUCUCAGGGAAAGGUUCUUCCCCCACAGGCUGGUUGGGCACUGAACAGGCUCCCCAGGGCAGUGGGCACAGCCCCAAGGCUGCCAGAGCUGCAGGAGGGUUUGGCUGAUCCUCUGGGGCACAGGGGGUGACUCUUGGGGAUGGACCUGGGGAGGGCUGAGGGUUGGACUGGAUGGUCCUUGGGGGUCCCUUCCAGCUCAGCACAUUCUGGGAUUCUGUGACUUUCCUGGGCAGUGCAGUGGGGUCUGAUUGAGCACCACGUCAGGCUUAGUGCCAGCAUAAUAAGACUGGCCUAAUUGGUGUAGCACAUGCACACGAAAAACCUCCCUCUGCACUUGAAAAGGUGGAAUUUAAUAACGCUCUGUGCUCCAUAUAAGAAUCCCGUAGAAAGUCACAUCCUGGGUUCCUGUUCCUUGCUCCCCCGCGGGCUCGGAAGCAGCUCUGUACUGUUUGCUUUGUGUGCUUUCCCUUUCCUUCCCCAGCCCGGCUGCAUCAAGGGACUUGUUUCCAAGGUUUCCAAGGUGAGGUGAGCAGCGAGUCAUGGUUUGGCAAGGAAAACCACUCCUGGAGGCUCCGUGGUGAUCCCGGCACAUCAACACCUUCUCCCCGGGAAGGCAGUUGGGCUGAGAUUUGAGCCCGACCCUCGAUCUUUGAGAGGACUGUAACCAACCUGUGCCGUGAUUUUCAUUGAAAUUCAACCAAAAGAUGAAAAAGCUGCCCUCCCCUCCCCCUUCCACCUCCAACCCUUUGAUCUUAACAAUAAAUCUUGGAAACUUUAGUGGUGAUUAGGAAAGCAAACACUGUCCCUUCCUGCAGGGCAGGCAGGAGUUUGUUCUUGCCAAGCACUGGGCGUUGCAGGGGUUAAGUUGCUGUUUAUCUUUGGGGGAGGAAAGGAAAAUCUCUCCCAAGUAAUUAAGUGAAGAUGCUGACGCUAAUGAAGGGGCUUUCAAGGCCGGGACUGGUGGAGGGUGAUGGGAAUCCCCUGUUGAAUCAAUGACAUUACGGCCUUAGGAGUGAUUCCGCAAUUAUUAGGCUGAAAUGAUGUUGAACAUGAAGUUAAUCCUGUUAUCUCUCAGAUAUUGAGCAAACUGUGUGCUCUGGAUAACUCUGUAAUGGGAUUAUAGGAGUCAGUGUGGCACCCUUGGCACUCCCUAUCUGUCCAGGGCUCUUGCUUAUUUUCCUGGUCAGGAUAAUGUAUUGGUCGGGCCUCCUACAGUUAAUUUUGGGAGGCGGUGUCUGGGGCAGUGUUUUCCAGCUCUUUUUUUAACAAAUUAAUUUGAUAAUGAACACCCUGUUGCCUCCUGAAGCCAUUCACUCCUGCACUGGGAAGAUCCCUUGAGCCCAUCCCUAAAUAAAUCUUUAGGAAAAGAACUGAAGAACAAGGACAAGUUUAAAAGGAGACUUCCCUGCGUCACACCUUCCUGGCAUCAAGGAUCUGCCGUUGAGUGAGUUCCUGUGGCUGAGACACAGUUCUGGGCCAUCAUAUUUGCAGAGAAUAAUCAGCUCUGGUUUUGAAAGUCCCGUUUUGCAUCCGUGAUUGCCUGUGGUGAUUUGUUCUAAACAAAAGUAGCUGGUGGGGGUGGGGGGUUUAAAAGGGAUUAUCUCGAGCUGGUUUUGAAGCAGUGGGGGGAAAAAAUUACAAGUUAACCAGUGUCAGGAAAACCCGGGAACCAAAAUGAUCAUGUUGGGAGGAGAGAGAAGAGCCAUAAUGCGUGUUCAGGCACUGGCUGGUGGUCAGUACAGAUGGGUUUGUUUUCCUGUUGGGCACAGGCCUCCAGGUUUGAGUGGCCUGACUUCCAGGCAGGAUUUGGAUGAGCUGGAACAGCGACUUUCUCACUGCUGGGUCAAAGCUAGGACGGGUGGUUGCAGUGGGACAAAACACACAGUCACUUCAGACAACCACAUGCAGUGGAGAGGUGAAGCCCCCCACCCCAGUGAGAACUAAAUUUGGGUUUCAAAGUCAUGGAAAACAUUUUUCUCCCCCAACCUCUGCUCAAUUACCACUAAACCAGGCCUCUUGCUUUCAGCAUCACUACAGAAGUGAUUUCUACAACACCCACUAAACGAGCAGAUGUUUUUGUGCCAAACCAGAAAUUUCCAUAAAUAUGGGAAAGUUCCAUUAUUAAAUGGCCAGUCAGCUUUUAGUUUCCAUGCUUUGAUUCUUUUUGUUUUAAAGACUGAUCUCGUUAAAAAACUGCAGAUUUUUUUUGGUGAGCUUUUAUUAUUAUUUUUUCCCUACUCCUUUGAGGAAGCUGAGAAUUGUUUUGGAAGCUCCAAGGAGUUCAUUUCCAGCAGAAAUGGGCUUUGGGGUUGUUAAUGACUCUGUGUCUGGGCUGCCUUAAAGAAGGCAGUGUGAGAACAUGGGGGCUGGCGUAGCCAAGGGGCCACCUAGGAUUUUUAUGCCCAGUUUAAGUGCCCAGGGGCCAGCCAGCCCUGCUGCUGAUAAGGUGAUGGAUUUUAGAUGUCAUUGUUGUAACCUGUAAUUCCAGGGAGCUUGAGGGAAGCCCUGGGAUAAUUCUCACACCCAGGGAGUUGGUGCCUUCCAUGAGCUUUUUGAGAUGGGAAUCCAGCACCAGAGCAAACUCCUGAUUUCAAAUCUGAAGUGCACAGAGGAGUGGUUUAAUAUUUAUGUUUAUACACCCUAUUUUCUGUACACCAUAUUUGUACUCCAAGAUAUCCUUGCUGUAACUGCUCUUGAGGAAUCCUCUUACUGGAGCCAUGGAUUUCAACUUCCCUUCAUGGACUUUUGAACAUGGAUCUGAGUGUUUUCCACUGUUUUUCUCAGUGGCUUCUCUUUGAACUUCUUGUAGAUCUUGCUUGUUCUUCCUGCAAGCUGAAAACCUCUGAACUUGAGUUUUGCUGUCUGGUAUGUCCUAGAUCUCGAGCAGGGAGAGGUUGAGGAGUUUGUGCUGAUACUCUCCUGUCAAAUCUUUGUCCCUAAUCAGCAGCAUUCCCUCUGAGGGUUGGGAAGUGUGUGCUGUACCUUCACAGGGCCAUGGGGUGCAGAGUGGAGCUCCGUGGGUGCCAUCACAUCAUCCUUUGAUCCCAGCCUCUGUCUCAAGGUGUUUCAUUCAGGUGUGAGGCUCCCUAAGGUUGCCCUGGAGCAGGAGUGGGGUGUAUCCUGCUCUGCCCCUCUGUCCUGGGGGUUCUGUGCAUCCAGGUGAAGGUGGGACUGCAGCUCCCACCAGGCUGGCUGGGAGCUUGUUUGCUGACAUCCUUGAAAUAGUCGUGUGCUGUAACUCUUAUGCUGCAGAAUUUGUCUGGGAGGGUGAGUAAAUAUUUGAGGAGCUCGCCCUCCCCAAGCUCAGGGCUCUUCAGCAGGGGGUUUGAGCUGCUGCUUCAAAGCCCUGCCAAGUGGGACGAGAGGGAAGCGUUAUUUGAGUGUCUCAGAACCCUUUUUUUUGGCUGCUCUUUUGGUGUGGUCACUGCUGAUGCUCUACAGGUGCAGGAGGAAGGGAACGAGGUGAAAUCCUGUGAAAUGAGGAAUCUGGGAAUGUGUGAAGGGCCGUGUGUGCAAGAGGGGGAGCAGCUCAGGGAGAAACAGCUUCCUCCGAGGUUAGAUCAGCUGUUGGUGUUAUCUCAUCUCUUGACAUUUCCUUUAAUUAUAUGAAACGACCUUGACACCGUAAACAAUUCCCAUGGCAUUGUCUCUGCACUUGUGAGUCAGAGUGAUGUGUAAACAGCACUUGGUUUGGGGGACCCGGGGUCUGUGUGGCCUGGGACACAUUUGGCACAUCUGAUUUUCGUGCCAUGGCUCUUGGUGCCACCCUCUUGUUUUCCCAAGGCAUCUGGUGCUGGCACAAAACAGGAGCAUCUGGGCUGGGAUUUCAGGACCAUCCUAAGGGGGGUGCUCUCCUUUUGCUUUUCCUUUGUGCCUCCAUAAAAGUUCCAAAGGUGUAGGGGGCGGGAAGGGGCUGUUUCACAACACAACCCCUGUAAAUCACGUUACCAGCAGUCUUUUACUCGUGUUUCUGUUUUCAGCCUCGCUGCUGCUCAGAGACACCUCAGUGGUUGAGCAAGAGUCAAUAUUUGAGGAGUUGAGGUUGAGGUUCACUCACUGUCUUGCUGAUGGUUCUUGUCUGGGUGUGACCCGUGGUCUGGUCCUGCCAGUGUUUAGGGUGGCCCAUGGUAAAUCUAUGAAACAUCACUUGGCCAGAUGCACUUCCUAAGUGUUAUCUUGUUCCUGAAAUAGAGAAUAAAGCCUGUAUCAACAUGAAUCACAAAGUUGAUAAACUGGAAUGGUUCCUCUUCGAGUCGUCUUCUUGUAUUGGGCAAAUAUUUAUCCACAUUGUUUCCAAAGGCAUAUUUGUGCAAUAGAAGGAGGUCAGACCUGUAAUUACCUGUUAGAUUUACUCUGGCAGAAAUGGCUUGUAAAAACACAGUACGUUUGAAAGGAAGCUUUUAAACCUCCUCUCUGUGUGUGAACCUGAAGCUGUGGUUUAAAAUUUCAGAUUUUAUGAGAGUUUUCAGUUGCAAAAAGUAUUUUCCUUGCCGAAUUAUAGUACCUCGACCCAAACUGAUCCGCAGUUUCUUUUAAUUCUGUGAGCUGUGGCAGGGAAUUUGGGUUUCUCUUCCAGCUGUAUCUGCUGGAGAUGAUCAGAAGCUGGGGUUGUGUGCCGGACUUGCCUUGCAUUUUAAUCAGGAGCUUCUAGUCUGGUCAAUAAUUAAAGCCGAGCAGGUGCGGUGGGGAAGUUGGGUGUUCCCCAAAAACUAAACCAAGGCGCUUUUGUUGGUCUCCCAGGGCAGAGCCAAGCGAGUGAGGGGCGGUGGGAUGCCCUGGCACUGCCUGGCUUGUGCAGUAACUUGGAAAAAAUGUAGUUCAGGCUGGAGAGCUGUAGGUGUUGAAGGGUAAUUUGAAUUAUUGGUGUGGCGUGGCUGCUGCGAGUCCGUUGGGGCAGCAGAGCAAAGAUGUUUUGCUGCAGUUUCAGCUCUGGGUACGAAGAGCGAACGCACUCGCUGAGAGAUUUUUUGUGAAACGUUAAAAAGAGGAAAUGACUUUUACAGAGAAAUCGUGCUGCCUUUCUUUUUGGUUGGUGUGUGUGGGCAGAGAGGCUUGUAGCUGAUUUCUUAGAGGAUUAGAGGUAGGAAGAGAAAUUGGGGAUGCGGGUUUUAAUGGAUCAGAACCUGUGGAGUGUGACCUACACAUUGCAGACUAACUUACAGAGUUACAGUGCUACCCCUCCAGGUUAACUUCAAUUUAAUCUGAUUUUAGAGGUUUAAUAUUUAGGGAUGUUCUUGCUGUUAACUUGCAGUCUCCAGCUGGGCUUAACAGAGUUUGUCCCAUUGGUUUUAUAGGUGGCAUAGAUGGACUUACCUCUGCUGAAAGACUCGAGUUUUUGCUGCAGGAAAGGGUUAAACAGGAGUUGACCUAAAAUGCCAUUCCUGUUUCUUCUCUAAACAGUGCAAUAAUUAAUGUAAUUUUCUCCUCUGUGUUUUUGUUUUAUGUGCUCCUAAUAAUAUAGCUGGAAGUGGCAGAUGGGUAUCCUGCCUCCGAGUGCUUCGCUGUUGGGAAUACGCUGAUGCUUUGCUGGAAUGUCUCCUAUAUCUGUGCUCCCUUUGGCUUCUGACCAGAGCUUCUCUUUAAUGCUGCUUCAAGGUGCUCCAAAAAGUCGUUUGUCAGCUUUGGAGGUUCCCUUGCCUGGAGAUGGCAAAGCCAUGAAUCACCGUGGUGAUGGAGUUAGCCAAGAUGUGACUGAAUCUUUAAUUUUGUCAGGGUUGCAUUCCUUAGCAUUCCCUCCCUGGUAAACAAGAAAAUACGUGGCCUGUGUUGUAAUUGCAGUGAGUGGUGAGGAGGCAUCAACGUUUCCAGUACUGACUGAAAUCUGCUUCCAUUGGAAGUUGUACUUCCACUGGAAAACAAGGCUGGGGGGUAUUUUGGCCUUAAGCUCCUCUGGGCCCAAAGACCAGUUUAAUUCACUAUUUUUUUUAGCCCAUUCCUUGGGACAGUGAAGCAAUUCCUUGUGAUCUGUGACCAAGGGGCUUUCCAGGAGCACGGCCUCCCCUUCCCAAAGGUGGGGCUGGAAGUGCUGUCAGCCAGCUCCUUGGAGAGCAGUGCCCUUCCUCCAGCUGUGCCCCAUCCCAGCCAACAUCUGGGCUGCUGUGGGACGUGGGCUGCUCACCUUCCCCACCACCAGCACGUGGGUGGUGGUUCCUGGCGUCCUGGAUCCGCUGCCCUUUGCUGUCUGGGAUGGAGCACCGUGCUGACUAACUGGUGGGGACAAGGGGCCUGGAAUGCUCUGGGAAAUAGGAGUUUCCCUUCUUGGAAAUGUCACAGGAAGCGUGGAGGAAAUCAUGUGCCGUAGGAGCGGUUACCUCACAUUUCUGUCUCAUCCAAACCCAGCGCCCUUUCCAUCGGAGUCCGUGGGGCCUGAACAAUGCGGUGCCAGCUGCCUUAUAAAUAACCCAUUUUCCACUUCCACACCGGCUUUUCAUUCCAUGUGAGGGGAAAGGAAGAGCGUCACGUUGUGUUGGUUUGUGCCCUUUCAGAGGGGAGCACGUUACUGAUUCCCCGUGCUCUGUUUUAGUGUCAGAGCACAGCCCAGAAAUGGUCAUUGCCGUGGCCACCCAGCGCUGGUACGUGUGUGUAUAUAUAAUAUUUCUUCAUCCGUGUUCUUGUUCUGCCAAAGCUGAACACAAAAACUGUGGUGAAACCAAGCUGAUCAGAGGGCUGGAGCAGCUCUGCUGUGAGGAAACACUGAGAGAAUUGGGAUUGUUCAGCCUGGAGAAGGAAGGCUCCCAGGGUGACCUAAUUGUGGCCUCCCAGUGCCUGAAGGGAGCUACAAGAAAGAUGGAGAGGGACUGUUGACAAGGGACAGGGCAGGGGGGAAUGGCUUCAGACUGACAGGGCACGGUUAGAUGGGAUAUUGGGAAGAAAUUCCUACCUUUGAGAGUAGUGGGGAAAUAGAAUGGAUUUUCCAGAGGAGCUGUGGGUGUCUCACCCCUGGAAGUGUCCAAGACCAGGUUGGAUGGGCUUGGAGCAACCUGGGCUAGUGGGAGGUGUCCCUGCCUGUGGCAGGGGGUGGAAAAGGAUGAGCUGUAAGGUCCCUUCUACCUGAAACUGUGCUGUGAUUCUGUGAAAUGCAUUUCUGUAGGAUAUUGCCCUGCAGGAGCAGGGCCCUGGGGUCCUCCCUCCUGGUGAGGUGAUCCCUGCGUGAGGAUUCCAGGUGGGUGCAAGGAAAGAGCCUCAAACACCCUGUAGCUCCUGCAGACUCUGGCGAUGGGGCUCUGAGGGAAAACACCCCAGCACCACUGGUAUUAAAUAUCCAGCUCCGUGUGCAGGGGUUGGGAUGAUGCUUGGGAGUGCUUUUUAAUGUUCCUGUGGCUGAAUCAUGGAACACCGAGGGCUGAGUCACCGCAGGUGAAUGCGGCGAUUCACGUCGGGGUGAACCCCAAAUGGCAGCAACACCAGCUUCGUUAGAGGAGCUAAUAUUGGGCUCAUUAUGGGCUUCAUUAGAUUUUGAAGGGAAACAAUCUAAGAGAGUUCCUUUUGCAGUGUAUAUAAGCAGAUUAUUAGCAUGGGAAUGCCAGGGGUUUAAUGGGAUGCUGGGCUGCAGAGGAAAUGAAACUUCGGGUGUACCCCAGGUUUUGGGUGUUUAUUGCCCGUCCUGUUUUGUUUUAACCAUCUGACUCUCCUGAAAUCCAAUAAAAUUCAUGUAAUUGGGUUUUUUCUUGCUAUAUUUUAGAAAAAAAUGCUGAAGGGACAGUCAGCUGUUUCCCUUUUUGCUUUCCUUUAGAAAGCUCUUUGCAAAUCCAGGCUUUUCCUCUGAUGAAGGUCUUCACCUGUCCCUGAGGAGCAAAAGAUUUGCUCUGGUUUCUUCUGGUUGCUGUUCAGCCAAAUCAAAUGGUCCUUCUCAUUAUUAUGGCUAUUUUGGACAUUUAUUGCUCCUCCUUGCCUUGAAAUGUUGGCUUUCCUUUAUCCUGGGUGUCCAGGUGGACGAGGGCAGGUUGCUUUGUCCCGUAUUUUCCCCCAGCACUCUGGAAGCAGAGGGUUCAUUGGGAGCAGAGCUGCUCUCGCCCUCUGUCCUCGGGCUACAGUUGAGGCAGGAACAUUUUUUGGUGGUGUUGUGUCUGCUGGGGCAGAGUUUGCACCUCUCCUUCCAGAGGUGGAGCUGAAGGAUGGACUGGCAGGUUUUUCUGGCCAGGAGUUCCACCUUGAAAAUAACGAUGCUGGUGACACUUCUGGAUUUUUGCUGUUUUGUGCACUUUAUCAGCUCUCUUCUGGUGGGGUUUUUUGUUCUCUCUCCCUCAAAGAGGAGAGAGUUGUGGCUGAUACUCCUGAAGGAUGCUGGAAGUCCAAGCCAGAUGUGAUUCGAAAUGCAGAUUUGUGUCUCUGUAUUCACUGAGCACCACAGCCCUGAGUUGGAGAAGGAAGUAUUAAUACUUCUGGUACAAACUUUUGCCAAAUAAUCCUGUUACUCUCUUUGUGGUUGUCUUUUAAGGCCUGAUGAAGGAUAGAGAAAUGGAGAGGGACUUUAUUUCACAGCCUGGUGAGUUCCUGUGUGGAACCAGAGCCUUGAGUAACUGUCGUGCAUCUCUUGGACUGCAACCACUGUGACUUUAAUGCAUUUAAAUAAAUCUUUUAUUGAAAUUUAAGCUAAUUUUCAUGUCUUACUAAUACAGAGGUAAAGGGUCAGAGAUAGGAUUGUGCUCCUGUGCUUUAACAGCCUACCACAUGUCAUCUGUUCUGCAGCAGAGCUUUGUGCCCUCUGAAUUUCACAGCAAAUGCCUUAUAAAAUGCAAUGCCUUUAACUCCUUGGAAGCCAAGCAGGUUUAGAUGCAGCGUUCUGUAGCAUUCCCAGCUGCAGGGAUGUUUUUUCCAGACCUCCUUCCAAGCUGGAGCAGCUGAUUUACAGACUUGGAGAAAUCUUCCCGCCUCUAUCUCUGACCUUUGUGGGUCUCCCUGCCAGAUGGCAGCGAAUUUAAAUGGCUUUUAAAUGGCUUUUUCUUUGUCUCAAAGCAAAAAGUCUUCAUUGAGGUGGAGCAUUCCUGGGAAUGCUCACAGUGGAGAUCAAAAGUGCUUGGAAGGGUGGCUGUGGCUGAGCAGACAGAACCACAGCACGGAGAUGUCCGUGGUGGGAGGUGGAGAGGAGCAACACUUCCAGGAAUGUCCGUAUUCCCUGUGGGAGGGAGGACAGUGCUAUUUGCCAUCCGCCUCCAUGAGUCUGCUGAUCCCCUGCUCCUCCACCUGCUCCUGCUGUCCAUGGGAUGGGGGAUGUCCUCAGCAGCAGGGAUUGAGGACAAGCAGGAUGCAGGUGGAAAGGGUGCCCAAGUGUCCUCCUUCCUCCCGCGCUUUUGCGGCUCUGCUUUGGAAGAGGAGGGGAUUUGCAAGGUGCCUGUGGAGCUAUUUGGUGUGUUAGUGGGGGAGCCAAGAGCACCAGGACUCCCAGGUGUGUUUGUGGCUCAGGUGAGGUGUUACCAGAUUUCAGAGCUGCCCCUUGACCUGUUCUGGGGUGUUCCUGCAACGCUGCCUCCCCCCAUCCAUGGGGCUGGAACGGCGAUCCUGUGGUGUUUGCUCUGGGCAAUGAGCAGCAUCGACUGUUCCCACCUGCACCAGCCCAAAUCAGCAUCUUGGACCUUGUUGUUUCCCAGAAUAGAUGGUUUUCCUGUUGGGAUUGCUCCCUGGGUUGAUAUUGAAGUCCUGCUCCUGCUGCCCCAACAAGGACAGGGACACCGAGGGCUGCAGCAAAUCCUGGUGUGGUUAAACCUGCCUUUUCCUACAGUGGGAAGGAGCCAACCUGGGUGUGUCACAUGGGGUCAGAUUCCUGGUUUUAAUCCCUUUUAUGCUGCAGCAAAUUCCUGUAUAUUUUUGAAAAUUGCUUUUCCUUCACCCCCCCAAGUUAAGAUUGAUAGUGAGGUGUACAGGGAAAUGAGUUGUAAAUUCACACAAGUCUUAACCCAGAUUUCAGUGACAAAUUAAAGGUUCCAAGUGGACAUAUUUAAACUCUGGAGAGCUUUGUUAUUGUGAUGUAAAUGCUGAGGGGGAUGUUUGUUUUCUGUUCGUGUGUCACAGCUUGAUGGUUAAAGUAACAAACUCUUACUUUCCUUGUUAAAUUUAAAUUUCCCUUUGUUAAAUUUAAAUUAAACAAGGAGACACGCUGCCUGCUUCCUGGUAACUUUAGUGGAGAGGGGAAUUGCUAUGAAAUUGUACUUUUAUUAUCCAUCUGGCAAGAUGCAUAUCAGCUCAGGCACUUUAAAAUUCCCUUUGCUCUGGGAUAGUGCAGCUCUCAGAGCACUUAGAGCACCGCCUGUGUCAUCCCUUGUAUUUAGAGGGCUCAGGUGGGGUGUUCUCUCUCUGAUCCCGUUUUGGGAGGUGAAACCCCUUGGUUGUUGGAUUCUCCUUGAGGAAAACACCCCGCUCUCCUCGCUCCCGGCUCUCCUCUCUCCUUGCUAAACUCGAGCGAGGGGUGUUGAUAAUUUGGAUUAUGCAGCUAAGUGGCUGGAGCGUGGCUGGCUGUCUCCUCCCCUUCCUGAGCUUCGGCCCUAGCCAGCUCGGCUCUGGAAUGACAGGCAUUCCUGCGUGAAGGGAGCUGGCACAGACACCUAUUUAUGAGCCUGGAGUGCCCGGCCAUGGGGUCCGGGGAGAGCCGGGGCCGUGCCGGACCAUCGCACACCGGAGCCGUGGCCUGAGCGCCAGGAGCCGCCUCGCUCACCGGGCUCCUUCCCAGCCCACGGCGUGGAUUUAUCGUUUUAAAGGACUGAAGCGCUCCCAGGGUAGAGUUUUCCUCUCUCUCUCUCUCUUUCUCCCCUCCCGCCUCUUUCCCCGGGAGCUGCUCAGGAUCCCAUGGGGCAGCCGCACUUCUCCAGACCGGUCAAUCCAGCUGCUCCCGCCGAGGAGGUGGAUCACACCCCAGGUGAUGGCGGCAUGGGGGUAGAUGUUUUGGAAUCGGGUGACACCACACCCCCUACAAAGAGGAAAAGCAAGUUCUCAAGCUUUGGCAAGAUCUUCAAACCCUGGAAGUGGAGGAAAAAGAAAAGCAGCGACAAAUUUAAGGAGACUUCAGAAGUUUUAGAACGAAAGAUUUCUAUGCGAAAGCCAAGAGAGGAGCUGGUAAAAAGAGGGGUUCUGUUGGAAGAGCCUGAGCAGGAUGGUGAAGAGCCAGAGAAGCUGAACCCCCCUGCACUGAAGAAUGGCCACACAGUCCCCAUCAGUGGGCCCGGGCUCUGUGACCUGCCCAGCCAGGAGGAAGAGGCCACAAAGCCCUCCAGCCUUAGGAAGCCUGUUCCAGCAGAGGAACCAAAAAAGAGGCAGGGCUCCUCCAGCAGCCACCCUGGGCCCGAACUGGAACCACCUCAGGAGCCACAUGGUCCCAGACAGCCUCUCCUUCCUCCAAAAAGACCCCCCUCCACCUCCCAGGAGGCCAACGAGGCGCAGGCGAAGGAUCCGACGCCCGCCAGCAGCUCUGCAAGAACUGCCCCCUCCACCACAGCCCCCACUGCAGCAAAGACAGUCAAUCCCACAGCUGCCCCUUCCCCAGCCCCCAGGACUCUGCUCCCUGCUCCUGCCAGUGCCAACACUACUGCUCCCACCAGUACAACCAGCACAGCUCCUGCCAAACAGCCUCCUGUCCCCCCUCCCAAACCCGUCAACAGAAAUAGCAACUCACUAAUAGCUGAACUUUCCCAGGCAAUGAACAGUGGUACCGCCUUGUCCAAGCCUUCCCCUCCUCUCCCCCCGAAGAGGGGCCUCGUGCCCAACAACACGUCGGAGGUUGUCCCCUCCAAGCCCCUCCACGACAGGACAGGGACGACGACUCGCCCGGCGCCGAUCCCGCUGCACAUGAGCUCGGCUCACCCGCCGCCCUCACCCUCACCACCCCUGCCCACACACGUGCCCCCCGAGCCCCCACGCAUGCCCCUGCCCACUCCCACCCCCACCCUGGACCCCCCGCGCUCCCUGGACCUGCCCAGCGAGACGCCUCCUCCUCCGGAAGAGUUCAGGUCCGUGGAGGUGCUGAAGAGGACGGCGGAGCAAGGCUUUGGAGAGCCCCACGUGCUGCCCCGCCUGCCCCAGAUCCCGCUGCACAUCCGGAUCCAGCAGGCUCUGAACAGCCCCCUGCCCGUCACCCCCCCGCCCGAGGGGUCCCACAGGGCUCAUUCCCUGCUCUUUGAGAAUGAUGGAUUCGGGGAUGACAACGGCACCCUGGGCAGGACGAGGUCCCUGCCCAUCACCAUCGAGAUGCUCAAAGUUCCAGACGAUGAGGAAGAGGAAGAAGAUGACCAGGAAGAGGAGCAGAAUCCAGGUCCUCGUGUAUAUAUUGGAGAUGUGCCAUCUGUCACAGUCAUCCCCAAACUGGUACCCCAGGUCCUGCCAGAGGAGCAGGAAGGAGACGAAGGGAUGAGCGACUCUGACUCGGAGGGGCCCAUCCUGUACAAAGAUGACGAGGAUGAGGAGGAAGAUGAAAGCCAUAACAGCACGUUGGCCAACAAGGUGAAGAGGAAAGACACGCUGGCCAUAAAGCUGGGGAACGUGACCGCGCCGCAGGAGGACAAGAUCGUCUUCCCUCGGAAGAGCAAGGAGGAGUGGAACGAGAUCCGGCAGCAGAUCGGGACAACGCUGAUCAGGCGACUGAGCCAGAGACCCACAGCGGAAGAGCUGGAGCAGAGGAACAUCCUGCAGCCCAAGAAUGAGGCUGACCGUCAAGCUGAGAAGCGCGAGAUCAAGCGCCGGCUCACCAGAAAGCUUAGCCAAAGGCCUACGGUGGCAGAGCUGCAGGCCAGGAAGAUCCUGAGGUUUAAUGAGUACGUGGAAGUAACAGAUGCUCAGGACUAUGACCGGCGAGCGGAUAAGCCGUGGACAAAGCUGACACCAGCUGACAAGGCGGCCAUCAGGAAGGAGCUGAAUGAGUUUAAGAGCUCUGAAAUGGAAGUGCAUGAGGAGAGCAAGCAGUUCACGAGGUACCAUCGACCAUAAUCUUCCAAGAAGGGAGCAAGAGGCCUGGAAGUUCUCUGCAUCCCUGUCCUAGGCAAUACAGCGAGGGUGGAACCCCUGGCUCUUCCAAGAUUUGCCUUCCAACCAUAUCCAGAAAAGGGCUUUCAGCCAGGGAAAGGGGAAUCCUGUCUGAAUGUAGCAUUUCACUGGAACAAACACGUCUCUCGUGCCAUCAGGCUGGAACUGACACUAUACCUCGUGUGGCUCAGCAAUAACCCCCUGCCAGGAGAACACGCCCAGGGGAACAGACUCCUUUUUGGGAUGCAAUUCCUCCUUUCCUCCUCUUUUCCGUGAGGAAAGGGGGGGAAAAAAAAGAAGAAAAAGGCAGCUCUGGUGUUGAGAAGCUGAGGAGAGGAUGUGCUUGGAAGCACGUGUGUGUAUAUUAGCUGUGUACAGAGAAACCUGGCACACAACUGACAUGUCACUCGUUAUUUUUUGGGGUUUUGCUUGUUUCUGUCAUGUCCUUAAUGUCCUGAAUCACUACUGACCAACGGUUUGUUGUGCUGGAAGGGAACUGUAUAGGUAUUAACAUAUGCUGCAUCUUUUUUGUAAAAAAAAAACCACAAAAACAAAAACAAAAAAACAAAAACCACAGAUGUAUAAAACAUUCCUUCCCCACCCUCUCACACUAGCUGUGAUGUUAAUAACAGAUCUUGAGAUAUCUAGGAUUGUUUAAUGAAUUACAGAACCAGGAAAAAAAUGACUGUUGCCUUUUAAAACUUUUUAAUUUGGGGAAAAGGUGAGAGUAGUCAAUCCUUUUUAUUGUGGCUUCCUCUCAGAUGUUUUUUACUCUCCCAAAUCAGGGUUGAAACUUGCCUUUUUUUCCUCAUUUUUACAGCUAAACCUACCGGAAACUUGAUAAAAUUUCACUGUGUGGGUCGAAGGGAGUGGAGGAAGAGGUUUAAAAAGUGACCUUAAAAAGAUGAUAUUUCUCUUCUGAAAGAAGUUCUUCCUAAAUGUGGGGUUUAAAAAAAAAAAAAAAAAAAAUCUGGUACAGGCCACUGCUCUAUUAUGCACAAAACCUAAACCAUGUGUGAGAUGCCACUUGUGAGGGAAGGGAGCGUGGGGAUGGACAGAAGGGCUUUUUGCCUUGUUCACAGGCAGGGGUGGCAACACCCCGGCCACGACCCGGCACCCUCAUGGGCCAUGGCGAGAGCUCUUCCCUCACAGCUCCCCCUCCACUGUACAGCCACCUGUAGACUUAAACCAUUGCGUUGUAUAUCAGUCUCCUCAGCAACAGAUUUUAACUAUGGAAUAAAAGUAUUUUAGGAUUUUUUUUU